CUACGGUACUCAACUUAUCUUUCUCAUGAGUAAUAAAAUGAAUGGCAUUGAUAUGCAACCUGGAUCGCUGCUGAAACAUUUUCAGGAGUUUCCAGAGUCUAGCCUCCCAGCCAUCACUUACAUUCAUGGUUCUGGAGCAGUCAGCACCAUCUCCUAUGGCGAGCUGUGUGAUGCUGUGGUACAUGUCUCCAAGGAGCUCUCCCAUAAACAAAAGCCAUCGUCAGCUGGCCAGCAACAGCGACCCCUGCUUGUAGUUGUCUGUGGUAGAAUGCACAGCUCCACCAUUGCUGUACUGCUGGCCGCUCUCAACUCUGACUCUUAUUUUUAUAUUGAUCCUGAUCAGUUGGAGUCAAGCAACACGCGCGAUAUGCUAACAUGCCUCAAACCUGAUCUGGUGCUUAUUGAAGAAUCUAUUAACUUUGACUUUUCUUGGCUUGGGGAAGAAAGUUCAUACUUAACUAAGAUAGUCAAGGUUGUUGAUAAAAAAUUUACUUUACAUUCUUUCCAGAACCCAUGUUCAUUUUUCAAUGAUUUUAAACUAUGGGAGAUAGCUUAUGUAAUUACAACUUCAGGCUCGACAGGUAUUCCUAAGAUGGUGUUCGUUCCACGCUCUUGUGUUGCUCCAAAUAUUUCAGAUCUUCUGAAUAUUUUUUAUAUCGUCCGGACAGAUGUAAUUUUUAGUGCUGCUCCACUUUCUUUUGAUCCCUCGAUUGUUAACAUCCUUAUGAGCCUUAACGCUGGUUCUCAUCUUGUUGUAGCUGACAAAAAUAUUAUCUCCUCAGUUGCCAUCAUAGAUAUUUUACUGACAUUAAGAGUUUCAGUUUUUCAGAUAACACCUUCACUUCUUAAUUUAUGGCAGAGUCAACAAAAUCUUGCAGCAAGCAUAUUUCACAUUGACUCCCACACACGCUUGUUAGCUCUUGGAGGGGAGACUCCUCCAAUAACUUUAUUAAAAUCACUGUUUAGAGAUUCUUUAUCUAUAGAUAUUUUCAGUCUUUAUGGUAUCUCUGAAGUUUCGUCUUGGUCAUCUGUCAAGAAAAUUUCUUUCGCUACUCAGAGUACAGAUAACAUUAUGAUAGCUCCUGCAAAAGACGCUGAUUGCGUGGUGGACGUAUUCUCCAAGCCUGGAUUCGAUAUACUUGAUCUGGGCCAAAUUCUAUCUGAAACAACUCUUUGCCUUGUGAAGAACGAUGAGAUCUUAAACCGAAAUGGUGAGGGAGAAAUAUAUUUGGGCCGCCAAAGUUCAUGUGGUGUUUAUGAAGUAGUCAGGGAGCCGCAGAGCUUGUCGGGAACUUUGCCAGAAAUACCUGGUAAGUCUAUGGGUGACGUUCGUUUGAAAAAGGUUAUUCCUCUUAUAAAUGACGAUGGUGUUAAAUUAUUCCCCUCGGGUGAUUUGGGUAGGAAGAUAAAUAAUGUUUUCUAUUACAUGGGUCGCUGCAAUAGGGUGGUGAAGUGCUAUGGGCAAAAAGUUAACCUCAAUACCAUAGAAGAAGAAUGUUUAUCAGUGCCUGGUGUUGAAAUGUGCCGUGCAAUAAGUGAAGGUGAUAUGAUUUUUUGCUUCUGUGUUGCUGGCAAUCAAGAAAGUUUGAAAAUAUCAACAUUGCGUCGCUCUGUGCGUAAAAUAACAAGCGUGCCAUGUCAGGUUUAUAUGCUAUCUUCUCUUCCUCUCACUGCUCACGGUAAGGUAGACGACAAACGCAUGCUGAAAGAUCUAACUUUGCUUAAGUGUAAAGGCUCCAUAACAGAAAAGUUUUUAGUGCAAGUGGUUGAUGAUCUUUGGUUUGAUUAUUGUAGUUGCAAGCCCACCCAAAAUAUGAACUUUAUUUCAUUAGGCAUGGAUUCCUUGCGAGCUGUCGAAUUCUUGGAAAUAUUGCAGCACAGAGUUGGGAGCCAAUUGCUUGGGAUGUUGGACUCGCUGCUCAUGGAUCGCUAUGAAGUAUUUUUAGAAGGUGUCAAGCGUUCUGUUGUAGGUCAUUCUGACCUGCGUGUGGAGAAUUCAACUAGCAUAGUUCAAGAUCAAAGCAGUGGUAGAGAAAACGCGAAAAAAACGAAAACAGAUAAUGAUAAAUUCGUCUAUGUUAUGUUAUCUAAGGUAAGUUCUUUGAUUCAGGGCAAGAAUGCUGUUUUAAGCCAAGCGUAUUUGCCAGAUUCAGAUCGAUUAACGUGGACUCUGAAUUUGGGCAAGUGUAUAGACGCGACCCCCAUAUUAGUGCAAAGCCAGUCACAUUCGGAAGCGUCAUUGUUGAUAGGCUCACACUCAGGCCGUUUCUGUUGCGUCGAUGCCCUCACUGGAGCUGUCAGGUGGUCUAAUGUGCUGGAGAAUCGCUUGGAAGCGUCACCCACCGUUGAUCGUUCUGCCUCUCAUGUCUAUGCUGCCUGCUACUCUGGUUUCCUUUAUUGCAUGAGUCUUGUCUCCGGCAGCCUCUUGUGGAAGUUCAAAGCUAAUGCUGAAAUCAAAUGCUCUCCCUUAGUUGACUAUGAAAGUGGUUGCAUUUAUUUUGGAAGUCAUGAUAAAAACUUUUACUGUUUGAAUCCUAAUGGUUCUUUGAUUUGGAAAAAUCUUCAUUCCGGGGGUAGUAUAUUCUCGUCUCCCUGCGUCGGCGAUAACACUGUCUUCGCUGCUUGUCUCAAGGGAGUAGUCGCGGGCUACGAAAAAUACACGGGAAAACUAAUCUGGAAAUUCAGUUUGAAUGCCCCUGUAUUUUCAUCACUUGUUUGCUUCUCGCGAGGUGUACUCUGUACAAGCGUUGACGGAAAUCUCACAGCUUUGUCUCCAAAAGGUGAAUUUCUGUGGUGUUGUGAUCUGUCGAACCAAUGUUACUGCACACCAAGAGUGGUGCAACUAAAACAAUCCGAAGUGAUCUGUGUUGGAGAUAACAGCGGAUGCGUUUCAUUCGUCAAUGAGUUAGGCAUUGUAUUAGGUCACUUCAAUGUCGACUGUCGUGUUGUUGCAACGCCCUUCCUCUACAACUGUCGUGGUGCAACUGUAGCUGUAGUUGCUGCGACCAAUGGCAAAAUGAAUUUUCUAAAAUUGUCUUUUGUCCGAGAUGAAUCUGGAGUUGUUAGUAGUAACGUGGACGGUAGAGACAUUAUGUUGUGUGGAGGUAGUGUGCAAGAAGCUCCACAUGUUAGUCAGAAGCCAUCAAUAAUAAGUAGGGAGUGUAAAAUGCUGAAGAAGAACGAUUUUAGUCACAGUCCUAGCGAUACAAUUUCUCCGAUUUCAUUGAAGUGUAUUGAUGAAUGCGCCGCAGAUCUAUUUUAUGGGAUCCAAAUUAAAUCUGUCUAUGAGCUCUCGUAUCCCGGUGAAAUAUUUUCGUCUCCUUUAGUGUUCCAAAGUUGCUUGUAUGUUUGCGGUCGCGACGAUACUGUGCAAUGCUACGAGUUGCUGCCUCGAUGACGAGUCGCUGAAAAGUGUACACCCUGUCUACUAGCAAUGAAAUAUCUUGUUAGCGCAUUUUCUCAUUUGUUGAAAAAAGGUGUCGCUAUUGCCAUGU